UGACUUGCUUUGGGUUUGAUGACCCAGUUCGAGACUUGUUCUUCACUUCUUCGUGGGAUAUAAAAGAAAGGUCUUAUUCAGUUCGGAGUUUUCAAAAAUAAAAUUGCGUAUUUCUCGAUAAAAAUCAACCAAAGGAGUAGCGAUCUAUCAACAUAACACAAGAACAUCAUAGCUUCAAUAAGAGAUGGCGGAACAAACGGAAGAACUCGAACCUCUAUUUGAUUACAGUCGUGUUCAGCCUUUGGAUGUCGUUUGCCUCGAUGACGAUGAUUCAUUGGAUAGUUCUACAUUGAUUCCUUCCAAACGCAGGAAAUCCUCUGAAUCAGCUGUAGAGAAGGUACAAGAUGCAAGUAAAGUAAUUGAUAUCAAUGGUGGUGGUGAUGAUGAUGAUUUGGAUUGGCUAGAACCACCACCCAAGGUGGUUGUUGACAAGGAAAAGCUAUCUGAGAAUUCAACUAUAAAGGAGUUGAGGCUGAAGAAACAGGAGCUGAUGUCAUUUACUGAAUCAGCUAAAGAUAUGUUAAGAACUGUUGAAGAGUCUGUGAAAAGAGAUCUUAAAGCCUCAAUGGAUUCUUCUUCUGAAAGUCCUAUUCCUAUUGAGAAGCCAUUAAAACCUGCUGUAGAAAGACCAAAGAUAGUUAUAUCCAUCCAAGACAAAAAAGACAUGAAACAGUUUCGUGUCUACAUGGAUGAUAAAUUUGAGAAGCUUUUCAAAAUGUAUGCUGAGAAAGCAAAUCGUAAGGUAGAAAGCUUAGUGUUUUCCUUUGAUGGGGACAAAAUUGACCCUUCAAAUACUCCAAGCAGUCUUGACAUGGAAGAUGAUGACAUAAUUGAGGUCCGUGUAAAGUCAAGUUGAUCCAGGACAAGAGAUCGUAAUUUUUGUCACAAUAACAUAGAAUACACAAAUAGGGCCUUAAAUAUGAUUCGCUUAACUGAUUUUGAUUGGUUAAACCAUUGUGUUUUGUAAAAGAAACGUUAACGAGAAAUGGCUGAAAAUUAGAUAUGCAUUUAACAAAAUCAUCACCAUGAUAGAAAACUUGUUCAAAAAUAACCAUAAUCAGUGUCAAAGAGAUGACCAUUAAUGGUGUUAAUUGUACAUGGUGUCAAAGGUGAUAAAUUGUGGUUUGAAUUUCACAUUGUAUAUAGAUACUUGGGGUGUUUGAUUGGUGA